AUGACCCUAAGGAGCGGGAAGGAAAUUCUGGGGCCUGAGCCUGUAAUCCCUAAGGACAAGGAUGAGGAAAAGAUUGAAAAUAAACUUGAGAGGGAGGACGGCAAUAGUGCAAAUCCAAAGGUACUUCCAAACCCAAUAAUCACAGUUAAAACUAACCCGCCUCCUUUCCCUAACAGGUUGGAAAAAUCGAAGAAACAGGAUAAGGAGAAGGAAAUCUUGGAGGUGUUUCGCAAAGUAGAGAUUAAUAUCCCCCUCUUAGACGCAAUCAAACAAGUACCGAAAUAUGCCAAGUUCCUAAGGGACUUGUGUGUCAAUCAAAGGCGGUUGAGGGGAGAUGAAAGGGUCAUUGUAGGGGAGAAUGUGCCAGCGGUCCUGCAGAGAAAUCUUCCACCAAAGUGUGGGGACCCAAGUAUGUUUACUAUUCCCUGUAGAAUACGCAACACUAUGAUUAGAAGGGCCAUGUUGGAUCUGGGAGCAUCAAUUAAUGUCAUGCCUAAAUCUAUCUAUGAUUCUCUAAAACUAGAUGUGUUGGUAAAAGUUAAUGAUUUGGUAUUUUCAACUGAUUUUUAUGUGCUUGAUAUGGAUGAUGAUCACUCACCCGAUCCCUCACCUUUGUUAUUGGGUAUACCCUUUAUGAGCACAGCACAAACAAAAAUUGAUGUUAAUAAAGUGCAGGAAGUGUUUGAAACUGUUGGCAGCGAUGAAUUGGAAGUUGUUUUGACCAAGCACCUCGAGUUGGAGACGACUCUUGAGGAGGAGAAGUUGAUCCGAGUCCUUAGAGAGCAUAAAGAGGCGAUAGGUUGGACCAUCACAGACAUCAAGGGAAUCAGCCCCUCCAUCUGUAUGCACCGGAUUAGACUCGAAGAGGAUGCUAAACCUGUACGGCAGGCUCAAAGGAGGCUCAAUCCCCUCAUGAUGGAAGUGGUGAAGAAAGAAAUUUUGAAACUGUUAGAUAUGGGGAUCAUCUUUGCGAUAUCAGAUUGCCCUUGGGUGAGCCCGAUCCAGGUAGUCCCAAAGAAGGCAGGAGUGACGGUAGAAGCCAACCAAACGGGAUAUUUUCAGAUGGCAAUUGCAUCAGAGGACCAAGAGAAGACGACCUUCACGUGUCGCGUACAGACGGAUGCCAUUCGGGUUGUGCAAUGCACCUGCAACAUUCCAGAGGUGUAUGAUUUAGUCAAUUAUUUGGUAACGAGUAAUUUCCCUGCAGGUUGGCCGAAAUCGAAGAGGGAUAAAUUGAAGAGUGACGCCAAGUAUUUCAUCUGGGAUGACCCGUACUUAUGGAAGAGAUGUACUGAUCAGGUGAUGAGGCGAUGUGUAAGUGAAACUGAAUUUCAACCAAUUCUAACUUUUUGUCAUACUUUUGCCUGUGGAGGUCAUUUUGAACCCAAGAGAACUGCUCAUAAGGUAUUGGAAAGUGGAUUUUAUUGGCUUUCAUUGUUUAAAGAUGCUUAUGUGUUUUUCAAUUACGUGUCUAAAUGGGUGGAGGCCAAGGCCAUCCGGACUGAUGAUUCGAAAGUAGUUGCAGAUUUUAUCAGGUCUAAUAUUUUUGUGCGAUUUGGAAUGCCAAGAGCUAUUGUCAGUGAUAGGGGAACACACUUCUGCAACAAAACCAUAGCUGCGUUGUUUCACAAGCUUAAGCUCUUCCCAGGUGUCCCUCUAUCAUCACGCGCCCGCGUCAUGACGUAUAGAGAGCUCAUGAUCAGAAUCGCCAGAAAGGAUUCCUGCCCUUAUGACGUGCCCGCGUCAUGA